AUGGCCACCUCGGCGCCGUCAAAGAAAGAAUGGAUCGUCAUGAUGCCUGAUAAGCCGGGCAUGCUGGAGAAGCGAGUGGAAGUCCGCAACACUCACCUCCAGAACCUCGGCCCCAUAUUGGAGUCCGGGUUCCUUAAGAUGGGAGGCUCGACUCUUGACCAACACCCGGCUGAGGGCGAGAAUCCUCCACCCAUGAACGGAAGCGCCCUCGUCGUCGCUGCUGAGUCCGUUGAGGAGAUCCGCGAAAUCCUGUCCAAGGACAUCUACGCUACUUCUGGCGUGUGGGAUGUCGACAACUUAUCUGGCCUCUCAGAUGAAAAUCAUUCCGGUAAGAUCACCUUUCUCUAG